AUAUUCUCUUCUGUUUUGGGAGCCGAAAAAUGGUUCGUAUUUUGUUUCUUCAUCCCGAUUUGGGUAUUGGCGGAGCCGAGCGGUUGGUUGUGGACGCCGCCCUGGCCCUCAAGGAGCGCGGUCACGAGGUCAGCUUCCUGACCAAUCACCAUGACAGCACCCACUGCUUCAAGGAGACCGCCGAUGGGAGCUUUCCCGUUCAGGUCGUGGGCGACUGGCUGCCACGGAAGCUCUUUGGGCGGUUCUAUGCCUUCUGCGCUUACAUCCGCAUGCUAUAUGCAGCCUUCUAUGCCAGCUUCUUUAUGCCCCAGCGCGAGCAGGUGGAUGUGGUGUUCUGCGAUCUGAUAUCCGUCUGUGUGCCUGUCUUGCGCCUGGCCCGUCACCGGCCGCGAGUUCUCUUCUACUGUCACUUUCCGGACCAGCUGCUCAGCGCCAGGGAGGGCCUGCUGAAGCGCGUGUAUCGCGCUCCCAUCAACUGGCUGGAGGAGCACACUGUUGGCCUGGCGGACAAGGUGCUGGUCAAUUCCAAGUUCACGCUACGCGUAUUCCAGGACACAUUCCGACGGCUGCGAACCGUACCCGACGUUCUCUACCCCUCCAUUCACACGCAAUACUUCGACCAGAUGGAACAGAAGCUACAGCAGCGCUCCACCGUCUUGGAAGAGACCGUGCAUCCGCGGGUGCCGCGAAACGCCUUCAUCUAUCUGGACAUCAAUCGCUACGAAAGAAAGAAAAACCACGCUCUGGCAUUGAAGUCGCUGCGUCUUAUGGGAGACAUGCUCUCAUCGGCGGAUUUCAAGCGCUGUCGCCUGAUCAUCGCCGGCGGCUAUGACACGCGCUGCCUCGAGAAUGUUGAGCACUACGCGGAGUUGGAACAACUGACUACCGAGCUGGACCUCCAAGAACAUGUCAUACUGCUGCGCUCACCCACGGACGAGGAGAAGUGUCGCCUGCUGUAUGCCGCCCACUGUCUGCUCUACACCCCAGAGAACGAGCACUUUGGCAUCGUCCCCUUGGAGGGCAUGUAUUUCUCCAAGCCGGUGGUGGCCCUCAACAGCGGCGGGCCCACGGAGACUGUGGUGCACACUUCCACGGGCUUCCUCUGCGAGAAGCAGGCGAAGAGCUUUGGCGGCGCCAUGUGCCAGUUGUUUCGCGACGAACCGCUGCGCCUGAAGAUGGGCGAUCAGGGCCAUAAGAGGGUGCAGCAAAAGUUCUCCUUCGAGGCAUUCGCGGACCGUUUGAAUGGCAUUGUCCAAGAUCUAGUGCCCCCCUCCCGGAAGAAACUUGAUUAA